UAGUUGUCAAAACUCAAAAGUUGUCAGUAAGUCGCCAUUGGUCGGAUAAUAUUAUAUACUGUUGGGUGUGCCAUUUUGGUGUAUUUUCGCGGUGCCUAAGUCAAGUGAAGUUUUUAAUUCAUUCAAAUAUUUAAAUCUAUAGACGAGUUGAUAAUAUAGAAAAUACAUGACAUUCACUAAAGUUGUCAAAGCCAGCGCUGGUCGCAACUUGGCUCUAACUACGAAAUAGAGAUAGAACAUUAAUUUAAGAAGCGGUGACAGUGAGCGGAGUGAGGCAGUUAAUAUAGAGCAGCUGACACGUCAUGGAGGCAAACGUCGUCACAACACAGCCGCCGACUCCAACCGCGCAGAGGAGUUUAACUGAUCCGAAUUUAGUUUCGGAGGCUGAAAUUCCAACGCCGGAGCGAGCGCUUUUGCACAAACUGGAGAUUGAAAAUAAAAGGAUAGCGGAGGACGCUAAAGCUCACUGUUUGCCGAAGACGGACAAAAUGCACAGCAGAAAAGGUUCCGACACAUCCGUCAUAUCUGUUACGUCAGCGACGAGCAAUGAUUCGGAGACGCGUCCGACACCGGUUGAAGAAGACUUGUGGUCCCUGUGGGGGAGGAUUGUGAUAAACUGGGACUCGGAAUGCCGACGAAGAAGACAUUUCAUCCGGGAUCUCGUCCGACAAGGCGUACCCCAUCAUUUUCGAGGCAUGGUUUGGCAACUGCUAGCGGGAGCCAAAGCUUCUGACAAAUUAUACUCGUCGUAUAUAAAGGAAAAGUCAGCAUGCGAGAAAAUGAUUAGAAGAGAUAUUGCUAGAACAUAUCCUGAACAUGAAUUCUUUAAAAAGAAAGAUGGCCUCGGCCAAGAGUCACUAUUCAAUGUGAUGAAAGCGUAUUCACUUCACGAUAGAGAAGUUGGAUAUUGUCAGGGAUCUGGGUUCAUCGUGGGCCUAUUACUUAUGCAAAUGCCCGAAGAGGAAGCUUUUGCAGUGCUUGUAACGAUAAUGCAACAGCACAGAAUGAGAGACAUGUUCAAACCCAGUAUGGCUGAACUUGGUUUGUGCAUGUUCCAGCUUGAGAACUUGGUGCAGGAGUUUUUACCAGAAUUGCAUUAUCAUUUUCAAUCACAGAGUUUUGCGACAUCAAUAUAUGCGAGUAGUUGGUUUCUAACAUUAUUUACAACGACGUUGUCACUGCCACUUGCAUGUAGGAUAAUGGAUGUCUUUCUCUCUGAGGGUUUCGAGGUUGUGUUUAAGGUUGCUUUGGCACUACUCACUCUGGGUAAAGAGGAACUAUUAUCACUUGAUAUGGAAAAUAUAUUAAAAUACCUGCAGAAAGAAUUGCCGGCUAAAGCUGACGCGAACCAGGAUGAGUUUAUGAAGCUUGUUUUUUCAAUAACUGUGAACCAAAAGAAAAUGAAGAAACUAGAAAAAGAAUACACGGUUAUUAAAACCAAGGAACAGAGUGAUAUAGCAGUGCUUAGAUGCCUUCGAGAGGAGAAUAGACUUUUGAAGCAGCGUGUUGAGCUGCAGGAGAAAGAAUGCUCGGCCCUGGCGGAAAGACUGGUCAAAGGUCAAGUGGACCGGGCAGAAGGCGAGGAAGAGACCUAUGCACUUGAGAAGGAGGUCCAAGCUUUGCGACGAGCAAACAUGGACGCACAGCAAAGGCUAGCCGUGGCACAAGAUGAAAUACGAUCCUUAGAAAUGACUAUUGCCGAGAAAAAUUCUCGACAAUCGUCAUUGGAAGGUGUUGAAAAGAAUAAUGCUAAAGAGGACGAAUUAGCUCGUUGUCUUCAGCGGGAGCUUGUUAGAGCGAGACUGCAUGCUGCGGAAAGAGAGGCGGCAGAAAGAGAGCUGCUGGAAAGAAUCACAUUACUGGAAAAUGAGAACAAGAGUUUGAGGAAGCAACGAGUGGACAAUAAUGUCGCACAUCUGCAGGAUGAGUUGAUAGCAGUAAAAUUGCGAGAGGCGGAAGCGAAUCUCUCACUUAAAGAACUGGGUCAACGGGUCAGUGAACUCUCUGAUGCAUGGAAACGACAUCUACAAGAGCAUCAACAAGUAAUACCGCCGCCGUCUCCUGUACAUUCCAAAGUUGUGUUGGAUAUAAUGGCAACGCCGAAGCGUCUUUUACGUGCGUGGGAGGGCAGGUCCGCGGAGACACAGAAACUGGAAGAGGAACUCAUGUCCACUAAGAUACGAGAAGUGGAAGCGCUUACUGAACUCAAAGAACUAAGGCUUAAGGUGAUGGAACUGGAGGCUCAAGUACAAGUAUCCACGAAUCAAUUGAAGCGGCAAGAUGAAGAGACUCGUCUCUUACGCGACAGUCUUGAUGCAGCUUUGCAGCGAGAACGCGCCCUUCAAGUACGACAGAAGGAAUUCCAACAUAAAUACUCUGAUUUGGAGAGCAAGGCGAAGUAUGAUUCAAUGCAAGCGAACAUCAGGAACAUGGAAGACGCUCAAAGAAUAGCCGAACUUGAAACAGAAGUGUCGGAAUAUAAAAUGAAGAAUGUAAUGAUGGUGACCGAAGGUGAAUUGAGAAUCAACGCCGACGAUUCGGAACGUGUCCGCGAAAUGCAAGAACAAAUUGCAGAACUAAGGGCUGAGAUUAUGAGGUUAGAGGCGUGGAAGGCGCGAGCAUUAGGCCGGACGCAGAUAAGUCGUGCUGUCUCUCUAGAGGACGACCUCGAAGAGGAUGACAAGUUGAAGCUUAUCCUGCGCCGCGAGUCCACCGCCUCGUUAGACCUCGUGCGUAAAACUACGUAGCACCAACCAAACUACGUCAUACGUACUCGAAUAUUAUACUAUGGGUCUGCGCAUAACGCUCACUAACAAUCGAAUGUUCGAAUGAAUCGAAUUCGAAAUUUGAAUUUUGGAAUUCGAAUUUGAAAUUUAUAUUUUGGAAUAUGAAUUCGAAAUUUAAAUUUUGGAAUAUGAAUUCGAAAUUUAAAUUUUUGAAUAAGAAUUCGAAUCCAACGUUUUAGUUUUGAUAUUCGAACUCAUUUUAAACAAUUGGUAAGAUUCGAAAUACGAAUAAUCGAUUCAAGGUAAUUGAAUACUUCGGUUAAUUCAAAAAAUUGAACCAGAAUUAUUAAAUUCCUUUGAAUCAAUAUAUUUGUUUGAAUGAAUUUGUAAUUCGUAAGCAUAUUCGCACACCUCUAGUAUAAAUCAAAUUGUUUUUAAAGGAUUUUAUUUUAUCACAGAUUAUACAUGUUAUUAAGUAUAUAUUAGUAUUUUUUAAUAUCUGUUCGUAUGCUCUGGAGACAUAACUGAAACAUUCAGUCAUUGCUGUGAAGGCCAUUAACUGACUUAUCUUUCACAAUUUUAUUUUCUUUCUCUUCUACAUUUACUAUCCGCUCUUUCUUUCAUCAAAUUAACCACCAAAGUAACAACGUUGUCUCAAAAGCAUAUGAAAAGAACAAAAUCGAAUUAUAAUUUUUUAAUUACUGACUUUCCAAACGAAACUUACUGUAAGUAUGGAAAACUUCGAGUACUUCUGACGGUUGACCUUCUCUAUUUAAUAUUUAGGGUAGGAUUUUUAUGACAAUGAUGACUGAAAAGGUUAAGCGUAGGAUAGUUUUUUUAAAUAUAUGUAUUUGAUCUCUCAUUUCGUCUGAUUAAUAAUUUACUUGUUUUGCACUUGAGACAAACUUUGUAUAAAUGCAUUGAAAAAAAAAAUAUUAAAAAAUAUAGUAAUGCAUAAUAAAUUCGAAAUUAUGGUGAAUAUGUCAGUCCGUUGUCAAUUACUGAAAUUAAGCAAUGUUUAGAUUUUUAAAUGAAAAUUAAAGCUGCUUUUAUAGAUUUGGAUAUUUAUAUAUUUUAAGAUAGCAAGACAUUAAUGUGAUAGGCGAAAACAAAAUCGGCCGUUUUCAUUUUGUAUUCAUAUGUGCGAUUGAAUAUACCUUCUUGUUUUAAAUAUUUGUAUGUAAUUUAUAUUUUACAAAUUCAUUUAUAAUCCCGGAAUAAUUCGAACCUUUAAAGAAAAAAUUAUAUAGGCCCCAGGUUGGGUCAAAUUGUGAAAAUUUUCAUCAAAUUAUUCCAUUUUUAAAUGGUUUUAAAACUAAAAAAACUAUGCUAACAAAAACCAA